GAAGAAGAAGGAGGAUGUUUACGUCAUUCGAAGGACUCGUGAUGGCGGUUGAUUUGACUCCUCGGUUCAGAAGGUUGAACAGCCAAACAAGAAGUUUUCGUGAAAAUAUACAGCAUGGUUUUUCUGGACCCUUUGGUGCUACCCAGCUGUGGCACAACAUCAUCCAGGCCCUGCAAAACCAGGUGGAGGUGCGCCGCUGUAGAAGACAUCUACGAGUUCAUGCUGAAUGUUUCACUGGCUCAGACGCCGUGGACGCCGUCCUCAGUUACUUGAUGCAGAAUGUGGUGUUUUGCACAAGUGAAGUGUCUCGCCUCAAAGCUGCCAGACUCUGCCAGGCUUUAAUGGAGGCUAAGGUGUUCGAACCAGUGGGUUCAAAGCUGUUUCGCAGAGACAAGGAGGUGACCUUUGAGGACAGCAGCAGCAGCCUUUAUCGUUUUCUGGAAUAUAAAGUGUUACCUAAUUGUGCCUUGAAGGAGUGCAGCAGUGACACAGAAAACACGGCACCAGAAGGGCAUGAGCUAAAGAGGAAGAAGAGCUCCAGGCUGAAGGAACUGAGGACAAUCUCUAAUCCACUUGCUGUGGGACCGUCAGACAGAAGAGUUGAGAGGCUGCUGAAGACCAUCAACCUGCAACCAACCUUGUCUCAAUCGCUGAACACGACUCCUUCAAAAUCUGCCUUUCUGUCCAAAGCUGUGGUGGGCGAGGUUUGGAAGCAGCAGACGCUGCUGCAGCUGCUGCAGGUGGUAGACCUCCCCAUGCUGGACUGCAUCCUGACCUCCCCUGCCAGAGUUCAGGUCCAGGCCUGCAGAGCUCCUCUGGCCACCCAGGACCUGGUUUUCUCUAACACAUGCCUCGAGAGAGAACUGCCUGACACCCUUAAUCUGCCCGCGUUGGAUGGGUGGCUGUCAGCGGCGGCAGACUGCUUGGAGCUCUUUCCUGACCAGCUGAUCGUGGUAGCAGGGGAGCAACUCAGCCAACAAGGCGGAAAUGUCUUCUCAGAAGAUAACCAAGCUGAGCAGCUGGAGAACCAAAAGAGACUGCUCUUUGACACCAUUGCCAAGUACUACAGUGGACAGGAAAGGGCUCCACUUCUCUCAGGACACCACAUGGACAUACACGCUGCAAUCCUAAAUUUACUGGAAAAAGGGAAGGCGCAGGAUGCCAUCAAAGCAUCUCAGUUGUGUUUUCGACUGCUGGAGACGAGCGUGAGAGAUGAACUCAGGAGACUUCUGACCUUUAUGGCCACAGCAGCUCACCCAGAUGCUUGUCGUCUUCAGAAACAAAUCCAUAACAGAGCCUUGGUCUGCCGCACGUUUCAGAGAGCGGUUGUCCAGAAUCCUGAACUGACUCGAUCCCAAAGUGAGACCCUGAUGCUGUUUCUCAUGGACAAUUGUACUCAGAUCUUCAAGACGCCGACAUCCCUGAUAGAAGCUGUGAGGGGAACUCUCAGGACUAUGCAGCAGGGUAAAGACGCGGACUCGAUUGCAACGUUCACAUUCUGCCAGCAGGUGACGCCACAUGAGUACGAGGACCAACGAGAGGCUACCACCCUGGAGAGCCUCAAACGGCUGCUUCAUGACAUCUCCUCCAGCACGACCAUACCUGUGAAGGAGAGGAGGAGGCUGCUCAAAGAGUUUGAAAAGCAUCAUCCUGUAGUCUUCCUCCAGCACUUCUCUGCAACCUUCUGAGCCAUACAGCAGAAGUAGUUCAACUUCCUAGGAGCACUUUUUAAGAUCAUUGUGUGGAGGUACAGCUCUUACAAUGAAGGAUAAUGAUUACACUUGGUUGGACAUCAUGGGUCUAAUUAAAGAUGAUUUUAUUAUUUUGUACCAAACUGACAUGGUCACAGCUAAUGUUGUUAUUGGUGUUUACCAUUAUAAAUUCUAAACAGAUAGUGCAGCUACAACCCUACUGCACAGCUGUAGCACGCCUAACUCUAUUCAUUCAAAAAAGGCCUGAGGUGGAUAGAUUUUAUUUGUGGAUUUUUUUAAUUUGUAGAUUUGUCCUGUAUCACUGGAUGCAUAAUCUACCUUAUGAACUUUAUAAUUAUAAUAACUUUUUUAGAUAAAUAUAUGUUCGUUCUCAUCACAGGCUGAGUUAUAACUGCAAAUGGGUUUGCACUUUUAUGAAAUAUCAGCUCUUUUAUGAUAUAAAGUGCCUAAAACAGUGAGCCACAGGUGCUGCAUUAGUUCUGUGAGGACACAUUUUUAACAUUAAUACAAUGAAUACUGUUUUAAUGCUGUAUUGACUUACUGCUCUUGCUGCCACCGCGACCCGACCUCGGAUAAGCGAUAGAAAAUGGAUGGAUGCCGUGGCAACACUAAAGAUUAGAGUAUAUGUAAAGUCAAAGAAAACUGGAAAGUGAUAACCAAAAGAACUCUCUUGAUUUAAAAGCCAUUAAUUAAGCGGUUUUAAGCCUUGUGGGUUAAUCGAUGAACUUCUUGCCAGUAUGGAUUCUGUAUUUUGAUCAAGCGAAAAUGUUGCCUUUUGUUGUUAUUAGUUAUUGAAUUUGGAAAUGGAACUUUGUUUUUGAGACUGGAUCAGGCAUGAACCUUCCUACAAAUGAAGAUGAACUAAUAUAGAAGCAAUCUUGUUUAAUGUUUUUGUUUUUCUGUUUUAUUGUAGCAUGUUUGUGGUGAAGGGGAGUACUGGUAAACAACACUAAUGUAGCAGAAGAAGGUUUAACAAUGUUUGUAACUGUUUUAUUGUUAGAGAUGAAGACAGAUCUUUUUACAGGGGAGACUGAAAGAUUUUAAUUCAAACUAAUAUGAAAUGAAAACAGAGGGUACAUUAUGUAAGAAGCUAACCAUAGCUCAGGUUAAUGUUGUAUGUUUAAUAUGAUUUUGCUUCGGUGGUUGAGGUUAACCUUUUAGGAUUUUACUUGAAAGUUCAGUAUACAGACUAAACUUUAAACUAGGCUACUAAUUUCCCUCAGUUGGAUUUUAUUUUUUUAAUUCAAAAAGCCAUGAUCAUACAAAAUGAAUUUACGGUCAAAUCUCUUUUCUGUCAGCAUCUUUCGUUCUUUACACUGAAAUCAUGGAAGAAUCAGAAUGCACUUUUGGAUGCUGAAACAUGCUUUAUUUUCUACUUGAAUAACGUCUAAUAAAAAGUUAUCUU